AUGCUUUCACGAGAGGCUAGAAAAGAGGCGAGGAAAAGAGGCUCUGCCAAGAGGAAAAUUGACCUCAAUGGCCUCGUGCUGAAGCCGAAAGCAGACGCGACAAGGACGUCGCCCAAGAGUCCUAGGGUUGUACGGAGUCCUGUCGCGAACAGAACUCCAAGAACACCAAAAGCUACGAGAAGCCCAAAACCAGACUUUUCCCCAGAAACGCCAGAAAUCAGCUCGUUCAUGUCCCCUGAAAAACCUACACCACAACAGACCCCCAGGACGCCAAAGCAGACUCCACUGAAAAUGCCCAGACUGACUGCCACGGUUACUCCGAGAUCAGUGAGACGAUCGACGAAACCUGCGACACCCAAGGUUCUCGCCAAACGGACACCAAAACGGACUCCCAAACAGACACAGAAACAAUCUCCGCACAGCACUACGGGGACUAUUAAAUCCUCCACAGAUGCCACCCCUAAAAGAAGACCUGGACGUCCGAAAAAAGUUCCCGAACCUGAAACGCCAAUCAUUCCCCAAUCGGCCGAGUUGUCUGACGAGUCGCGCGACUCUUCAAGUGAGCCCGGUUCUCCUGUGGCUCCAGGAACUCCUCCGGCGCCUGCUUACUACGAUUAUGUUGACAAGGAAUUGUUGGCAGCGACCCGGAAACGAGUGGCCCAGAAACACAGAGAAAAGGUGAAGGAGCGCCGCUCGCAAACGAUAGAAUCCCAGAGGUCUGUCCAGGACAAGAGACGACGCACAACGGGCUACCUGGAGAUCAAAUAUGGCCGAGUUCCACAUAACAAGACCAAACUAAUAACUUUGGACGUCAUCAAACAGGCGUUGGUCGAUCGUCUGGAGAGCUACGACGUUCCAGAGGAAGCUGUUGGUGUGCAGCGCAAGAAAGCAGAGCUCUUUUUGCGCAACUAUAAAGAGUACAUUGACAGACAUUUUUCCCGUCUUAUCGAUACGUAUCUCACGAACAAUUUGAUCUUGACCGAGCUUUCGGAACUGAACAAGCUCAAGAAUGAAAAACGGAACAGGAUAUACGAGAUCAGACAGCAGCGACGCGAGGUUGGCAUGAAACUGAAUAGCUUGCGGCAGAAGUACCUGCAAAAAAGCGAGAACCACCGCAAUAGAAUGAGAGUGUACAAGCAGCUGCGCAGCGUAAAGACUAAUGAGGGAAAACGGCCGCCUGCAAUCUCAAGGCUUCUGCGGCUGCGACGAGUCAUCGACCCUCAUUUUGGCGUGGUGGACAAACUACAGAUCUUGAACGAAUUAUUACGGGAAGUAUAA